AUGGGCAUCCUUCCCGGCAUGGACGGCGACGACCUCAACGUCGGGCCGCGCAAGCGCCACUUCCACGGCCACCCCGCCACGCGCGACCACCUGCAUGGCGAGGGCGAUGGCAUCACCCCCGACCAGUCCGCAGACCUCCCGGUGGACCACGUCGAGCGCACGCACCGCCUCCACCUGCAGACCGAACCCGACCCGAACGACGGCCAGUUCGCCCCAGGGGCGACGCGGGACCCGACGGAGCACUUUUUGUCCACGUACCAGGCGCAAGCGAUGGGGCGCACGGGGUUCCCGGAGGACGACGGCGUGGGCACGGUGCGCAAGUGGAAGGGCGGGAAGAAGCGCGUGGACUCGGCGCAGCGGCCCGGCUACGGCGGCGGCAUUCCGGGCGGGGCAGGGAUGGGGGGCCUGGCUGGCAUGGCUGGCAAGGACAGCAUCACGCGGGACCCGGACGGGCUGAGGGAUCUGCAGGUGGGGACGCACAAGGCGACGGGGCACGUGCCGGGCUACGCGGGCCACAUUCAGCGCGAGGCCCCGCUCGGGAUGGCUCCGCGCGGCGCCCCGCAGGUGCGCGACAACGUGGACAAGGCGCAGUACCUCUUCAAGGAGAACUACGCGCAGGCCGCGUCGAACUUCUUCGGCCAGGCCAAGCUCGCGGUGCCGGGGAAGUCGGACCGGCUGUGA